AGUUCAUGGCUUGAGAUUUGGAAGACUACUUUCAAGCAGCUCCCGGCCGAGUUGCCCCAGAGACCGCGACGCCGCCGCUCCGAGGGACCAAUGAGAGCCCCGCUGCUGCCGCCGGCGCCCGUGGUGCUGUCGCUCUUGAUCAUCGGCUCAGCCCAUUAUGCUGCUGGAUUGGAGGUCAAUGACACCUCUUCUGAGAAAGGGGAACCAUUUUCUGGAGAUCACAGUGCUGAUGGAUUUGAGGUUACAUCAAGAAGUGAGAUGUCCUCGGGAGGCAAAAUUUCCACUGUGAGUGAAAUGCCUUCUGGUAGCGAACUGUCCUCAGGCAUCGACUAUGACUAUUCAGAAGAGUAUGAUAACGAACCACAAAUAUCUGGCUAUAUUGUAGAUGAUUCAAUCAGAGUUGAACAGGUAAUUAAGCCCAAGAAAAACAAAGCAGAAAGUAAAAAGACUUCAGAUAAAACCAAAAGAAAGAAAAAGGGAGGCAAAGAUGGAAAAAAUAAAAGAAACAGAAAGAAGAAAAAUCCAUGUGAUGCAGAAUUUCAAAAUUUCUGCAUUCAUGGAGAAUGUAAAUAUAUACAGCACCUGGAAGCAGUAACAUGCAUAUGUCAUCAGGAUUACUUUGGAGAACGGUGUGGGGAAAAGUCCAUGAAAACUCACAGCAUGAUUGACAGUGAUUUGUCAAAAAUUGCUUUGGCAGCCAUAGCUGCCUUUGUGUCAGCUGUGAGCUUCACAGCUAUUGCUGUUGUUAUUACAAUCCUGCUUCGAAAACAAUACUUCAGGGAAUAUGAAGGAGAAGCUGAAGAACGAAAGAAACUUCGACAAGAAAAUGGAAAUGCACAUGUCAUAGCAUAACUGAAGACAUUAUUACUACAGGAUAUCAGAUCAGAAUCACUGCCAAGUCACAACCAUGAGUGAUGAGUUGAUUCCUCUGUAUAAGAAAACAGAACCUUUUUGUUCUGAUGGUUUUAAAUUUUCAAUUGUCACUUUUUAUGCUGAGUCUUAUUUCUGUACAUAAAGAUGCAUGGAGAUAAAAAGUAUUUUUUCAAGUUGUAAAUAAUUUAUUUAAUAUUUAA